AUGGGCUGGCAACAAGGUCUAGGAUUUACAGAUCGCCUAAAAAACAUUCAGUCUCUUACUACAGCGUAUCAGCAAGCUUCUUCUUCAGCGGCGUUCGCUGAGGCCCAAGCUCAGGCCAGGCAAUGUGAAAAUGACGCAUACGAUCAAGCUACUUCCAAGGAGGAGUAUGAUCGUAUAUGCCAAGACGCAAUCGAUGCAGCUGAGACCUCAACAAAAGCAAACAGCUCUCACCCAGGCCAGGAUAUAUCCUCGGAUGUUGAAUUCUCAGAAGAGGAUUCAACUCUCGGGGAGACAAUUGGCAAGUAUACAGGUUGCUUCCAUCACUUCAGUGGGCUUCAUUCCACAAUCUUCAAGUCUAAGGCACAAGAUGGAUCAAUCUAUGCAAUCAAGGUCACUGUACCACACAUGAUGACGGCCCCGCACGACGCUCAGCGGGAGAUUCGAUUGUUACGAGUUGCAUCCAGUCAAGAUGUGAUUCCUUUGAUAGACACAUUUAAUUCCGAUGAAGGGCGAUUGAUCCUUGUCUUUCCAUUUCUGCGCUUCGACUUUGAGCAUCUGCUCCGGCGCGACCUGGUUACUGCUUCGCAAACACGUUCGAUAUUACGGGACAUGUUCUCCGCGAUUGCUCAUAUCCACAAAAUGGGGAUCAUCCACCGCGACAUCAAGCCUUCCAAUAUCCUUAUGGCCUCGCCCGAUGGACCAGCAUAUCUCGCUGAUUUUGGCAUUUCAUGGAAAGAAGGAGACCCCGGGUCUGAGCCUACGGACUCAAAAAUCACCGACGUGGGUACAACCUGCUACAGAGCCCCAGAAAUUCUAUUCGGUUACAGAAAAUACGACACAACAAUAGACCUUUGGGCAGCCGGAUGUUUGAUGGCGGAAGCCACCGUCGUGGGUCAUCGGUCUCUUUUUGAUUCCGGGCCCGUGGGCAGCGAUCUGUCAUUGAUACACUCCAUCUUUCAAAAACUGGGAACACCAGAUGAAAAUAGCUGGCCAGGCGUGCAUGUGUUGCCUGAUUGGGGCAAAAUGGAAUUCUACCCCUUCGCAGCUCAGUCUUGGGAGGACAUCCUGCCUGGAGCAUCUUCAAAAGGCCGAGACUUAGUACAGCAAUUAAUUUGUUAUGAAAGUAGUCAGCGAGUCUCUGCUGAACAAGCCCUCCGACAUCCAUAUUUCUCCACAAGUUAA